AUGUCACAAAGUCGUCAGAAGAGUUAUGCAGAUGUAAGAAGAAGACCAUUGGAAUUCCAGGUCGGGGAGAAUGUGUUUCUAAGAGUUAGUCCUAGAACAUGCAUUAAACGGUUUGGGAAGAAAAGUAAAUUGGCGCCACGCUAUAUUAGGUCAUUUGAAAUUCUUCAACGAAUUGGAGAAGUAGCAUAUCGACUAGCUCUACCAAGACAAUUUGCAGACAUACACAAUGUGUUUCAUGUAUCCAUGCUUCGUAAAUACAAUGCUGAUCCGUCCCACGUCAUCGAAUGGCGAGACCUGCAACUGAACGACAAUGUUUCUUAUGAAGAAAAACCGUUGCGCGUAAUCGACUCAAAGGAACAAGUCCUUCGGAGGAAAACCAUCAAAACCGUGAAGGUUCCCUGGCAACAUCAUGGUUCUGAAGAGGCAACUUGGGAGCUGGAGUCUGAGAUACGAGACAAAUAUCUGGAAUUAGUAAAAGCUCAAAUUAGUGGGUGGCAAAAAGAAAUGGUUAGCACAUGGAAUAAUGGGGUCACUACCUAG